CUACCUUCACACCUUCAAAGUCUACCACACUACGAACAAAUAAAAUGAACUUCCCAAGAAGCAUGCUUACCCCUACUCCCACCGUCCCUGCGCCCAUUGAAGCGCCCGUCUUACCCUGGAACCCCACACCUAGUGACACUAUCCUUGUUCGCUCGUACCUUGUCCACCUCAAGCUCCCCACCGAACUCGCCCUCACCAUCAUCGAUUACGCCCAGUACUAUCCCAUUGUGCACAGUCGCAGAGAUGAGGAGCUCAAAGUCAUAGCGAGUAACUACAAGGGGAACAGUGCAGCGGCACUGUGCGUGGUGUCAGAACCGAUACCAGCAAUCCAAGACGGCGAGCGGAUCAAGCGUAAGACCGUGAAAUUCAGAUUGCGGAGUCAUGAUCAAGGAUGGGGGGGAGAUCCUGGGUGUCCAGGCACAUACAACGGCUCCUACACCUGGUUCGAAGCCAGCAUCCUACGCCCCUCCGGCAGCGCAGAAGUCACACCCAUUCCGCUCAACCUGUUCAUAAGCCCACGCCCGACAAGCAGCAGCCUGGACCGCUACCAUGUCUCCCUCGUUGCACCUCCAAAUGCCCCUGACGACCCCGUUUGGCACAUUCAACGGAACAUGUGCGCCUCGCCGCAAGAACGCACUCACGAAGUGGAGUGGCGAGAAGGCUCGGCUUUCGAUCCCUCGCUAGGAAGCGGUGACGGGAAAGGCUUCUGCGAGACGCUGCAGCCAGGGGACCGGAUCGCGAUAUGGGCGCGAGCGUUGUACCCGGGAUGGUUGAACUGUGUGAAGGAGGCCAGCAUGGAGGUCUUAUUGGAGAUCGAUUAGGAAAGCGACUAACAAAUGCCUACGGCCUAGACCGCUAUAUGAGGCGCUCGAUACACACUAAAUGGCCGCUAAUCCCUCUUUGCCCCCCUUCUCGGUGUCAAUCUCAUUGUGUAGCGGAGUCUAUAGUGGGUGAUAUACCCAAGAAGGAAGUCAGUCAUUCGAGAAUACGAGUACGGACCUACUCCUACUGAAGCACCUCAUGCCGCGUUGCGCUGCAAUUAAAUUUAAUCCUCGGUCUAUCCUACAGCU